AGAUAUCUUUAAAACAUUUAUGAUUUAGAAUGUACUAUUUGUAAAUCUCAUCUUUUUAAGAUGUCUGUCUAUGCUUUCAAUAUGCUCUUAAACAGACAUCUCAGAGUUUACUUGUGCUAUCUGGAUGCUUGAUUUUUUUACUAACAAUCUUUGGUCUGAUGAUUCAGGUUGAGAGUAAAUUUAAACUGUUAAUAUUGUUUAAAUAUACGCUGUUAUGUUAAUAUACACUGAAAAUAUUAGUUAUUCUUUAUGACUUGGGGUUGAUUGUGGGAAAUUCCCUCAUUCCUUUCAUGUCCAUUUUUUUAAAUAUAUAUAUAUACAGUUGAAGUCAGAAGUUUACAUACACCUUAGCCAAAUACAUUUAAACUCAGUUUUUCACAAUUCCUAACAUUUAAUCAUAGAAAACAUUCCCUGUCUUAGGUCAGUUAGGAUCACUACUUUAUUUUAAGAAUGUGAAAUGUCAGAAUAAUAGCUUUUAUUUCUUUCAUCACAUUCCCAGUGGGUCAGAAGCUGUUUACAUACACUUUGUUAGUAUUUGGUAGCAUUGCCUUUAAAUUGUUUAACUUGGGUCAAACGUUUUUGGUAGCCUUUCACAAGCUUCUCACAAUAAAUUGCUGGAAUUUUGGCCCAUUCCUCCUGACAGAACUGGUGUAACUGAGUCAGGUUUGUAGGCCUCCUUGCUUGCACACGCAUUUAAAGUUCUGCCCACAAAUUUUCUAUCGGAUUGAGGUCAGGGCUUUGUGAUGGCCACUCCAAUACCUUGACUUUGUUGUCCUUAAGCCAUUUUACCACAACUUUGGAGGUAUGCUUGGGGUGUUUUGUCCAUUUGGAAGACCCAUUUCUGACCGAGCUUUAACUUCAUGGCUGAUGUCUUUAGAUAUUGCUUCAAUAUAUCCACAUCAUUUUCCUUCCUCAUGAUGCCAUCUAUUCUGUGAAGGGCACCAGUCCCUCCUGCAGCAAAGCACCCCACAACAUGAUGCUGCCACCCCCAUACUUCACGGUUAGGAUGGUGUUCUUCGGCUUGCAAGCCUCACCCUUUUUCCUCCAAACAUAAUGAUUGUCAUUAUGGCCAGAGUUUCAUCAGACCAGAGGACAUUUCUCAAAAGUAAGAUCUUUGUCCCCAUGUGCACUUGCAAACUGUAGCCUGGCUUUUUUAUGGCAGUUUUAGAGCAGUGACUUCUUCCUUGCUGAGCAGCCUAAUGGGUUAUGUCGAUAUAGGAAUCGUUUUACUGUGGAUAUAGAUACUUGUCUUCCCGUUUCCUCCAGCAUCUUCACAAGGUCCUUUGCUGUUGUUCUGGGAAUGAUUUGCACUUUUGCACCAAACUACGUUCAUCUCUAGGAGACAGAAUGUGUCUUCUUCCUUAGCGGUAUGAUGGCUGCGUGGUCCCAUGGUGUUUAUACUUGCGUACUAUUGUUUGUACAGAUGAAUGUGGUACAUUCAGGCAUUUGGAAAUUGCUCCCAAGUAUGAACCAGACUUGUGGAGGUCCACAAUUUUUUUCUGAGGUCUUGCCUGAUUUAUUUUGAUUUUUCCAUGAUGUCAAGCAAAGAGGCACUGAGUUUGAGGGUAGGACUUAAAAUACAUCAACAGGCACACCUCCAAUUGACUCCAAUUAGCCUAUCAGAAGCUAAUUGCCUAAAGGCUUGACAUUUUCUGGAAUUUUCCAAGCUGCUUAAAGGUACAGUUAACUUAGUGUAUGUAAACUUCUGACCCACUGGAAUUGUGAUAUAGUAAAUUAAAAGUGAAACAAUCUGUCUGUAAACAAUUGUUUGAAAAAUUACUUGUAUCAUGCACAAAGUAGAUGUCCAAAUGACUUACCAAAACUAUAGUUUGCUAAUAUUAAAUCUGUGGAGUGGUUAAAAAAUGAGUUUUAAUUACUUCAACAUCAGUGUAUGUAAAAUUCUGACUUCAAAUGUAUAUCCAAUAAUAGAAUAUUUAUACAACGUUAAUAAUGGCAAUUAUUUAUGCACUAAUUAUUAUUUUAUUUUUUUAUGUAAUUGAAUAAAUAUCUUAGUAAGGCAAAAUACAUUGUGUUAUUGGUUAACCAGACAGAUUAUCUCUGUGCAUCCUGAUUCCUGGUGAUCAAUGAUUUCUCAGGAUUUCCAUCAGCGAUUAGGCGGAGAAUGGAAACCGAAAGUUACUGAGGAAGUCCUCGAAAAUGAAACCUUGUUUUGAGGCGGGGCAUCAGCUGAUGCCUUAUAUACCUCUACCCAGAUCCAGAUUAUUUGGUUGUGAGUUCAGUGUGAUUUGCAUAAACAAACAAGCAGGCUACUGUUCAGCGGAAGAUGUCAACAGCUCGUUUCAUGAUGGAUCUGGAAGUAACACGGUUAAAUGGUGAUAAGAAACGUCUGACUGUGGACAGCAACGCCACAGUUGGUGAGCUCAAGAAGCGUAUAUCGGAGGUCUUCAGAGAUCACCCUUCACAGCAGAAGCUUUCUGCAAAUAACGGACACCGAAUCAGCCUUGAUGACGAUUCCAGAACACUCAGUAGUUACGGUUUGCACUCAGGGUCCGCGGUGAUGCUCCUCAUCACGAACCCUGGACCUCUUCAGGUGUUCGUCAAGAACGAGAAGGGCCAAACAAAAACUUACGAUGUGGACGUCAAUGAAACUGUAGAUCAGCUCCAGCAAAAGAUCUACAAUAAAGAAAGAGUCCCUGUGGAUCAGCAGAGACUGAUUUACAACGGUAUACAACUGGUGUCUGGCAUGAAGCUGCUGGAGUACAACAUCACAUCUGGAAGCACCAUUCACAUGACUCUGCGUCUCCGAGGAGGUUAAUGGAGAAAGUGUGACCAGGACUGACUGACUACAUGGCUACAAGAACUAAACAUGCCAAACAUAAUAGACAUGAAAUAGGUCUGUUUACUCUUAAAAUAAAAAAAUAAAAUAAAAAAAACAUGAAAAACUAAAGCACUUUUUUUUAAGUCGUUCUAAAUAAGAGCGUCUGUUAAAUGCCAUAACAAUUAUAAUAUUUAACACACAGUAUCUGGAUACUGAAUUAAAAAUAUAUUUUUGUUGAUGUACUGUAACUGAUGUAGAACAUGCAUUAUUGUCCAUUAAGCCUUUAUGUAAUUCCAGUGUAUGCACUUUACAUGUACCUUUUAUUUUUUAUUUUUGCAGAUGAUCUUUCAUUAUUGAUUUUGCAUCCUUAAUUAAAUAAUAAAUGUUUGAAAUAUAACAA